AGCAACACAUGCCAUGAUGUAACAACGUUAAGGCAGUAUUUAAACAGGCGGCUCUCUUCCCUACAACACUGCAUUCUGUCCAUUCACUGAUUCAUUCGGGCAUUGUCACUUGGAGAGGCACUUCACCAGGCAACCAGGCAUCUUAACUUCCACCAAUCAAAUCACGGAUUUGGAGUAUGAUUUUAAGGCUCAACACUUCUGAAAAAUCUUCUAUGGAAAAACUAGGAAACCAGUUUAUAGUUGGGACAAAAUUCAGCCAGAGAGACGCCUUUAGAGAAUCCUGAUCUCUAAUGUUUAUCUCCUAAACUGCUCCAAUAAAGGUUUUGGAGGCGCUCCUUGUCCCGUCCACACUAAUAAGCCACUCAUCGAUCCUUAUAUUGACCAAAAUAAUUCUUGAAAAUGGUUGGAUUUGGACCUGCAGAUGUGCCUCCAUCAGCAGCUGUGAAGUUUGUAGGAGCAGGAACUGCAGCCUGCAUCGCUGACCUGCUCACCUUUCCCCUGGACACAGCCAAAGUGCGGUUACAGAUCCAAGGAGAGACCAGAGCUUCAGCAGCUACAGGGAAAGCAUCUGCAGUGAAGUAUCGUGGAGUGUUUGGGACCAUCACCACCAUGGUGCGUACGGAGGGGCCCAGGAGUCUUUACAGUGGACUGGUGGCAGGACUACAGAGGCAGAUGAGCUUCGCCUCUGUCCGAAUCGGUCUUUACGACACUGUAAAACAGUUCUACAAUAAAGGCUCUGAUCACGCUGGAAUCGGCAGUCGGCUGCUUGCAGGAUGCACCACUGGUGCUAUGGCGGUUGCUUUGGCUCAGCCUACAGAUGUGGUGAAAGUUCGUUUCCAGGCACAGGCAAGGUCUCUUGGGCAUGCCAGACGCUACUGUGGCACCAUUGAUGCUUACAAGACCAUUGCUAAGGAGGAAGGCAUUCGUGGUCUGUGGAAAGGUACAGCUCCGAACAUUGCACGGAAUGCAAUUGUUAACUGCACUGAACUGGUGACAUAUGAUUUCAUCAAGGAUACACUUCUUAGGUCCACUCCCCUGACAGAUAAUCUGCCCUGCCACUUUGUAUCAGCCUUUGGUGCAGGGUUAUGCACAACAGUGAUUGCGUCUCCAGUUGACGUGGUCAAGACAAGAUAUAUGAACGCUGCUCUUGGCCAGUACAGCAGUGUCCUCAAUUGUGCUGCUGCCAUGAUGACCAAAGAGGGACCACUUGCCUUUUAUAAGGGGUUCAUGCCAUCUUUCUUACGCCUGGGCUCCUGGAACGUGGUGAUGUUUGUAACAUACGAGCAGCUGAAACGGGCCAUGAUGGCAGCGAAUCACAACCGCACAGCUAUAUUGUAAUCAUCGGUGUCUGUCAGAAGGCUGAUGCUGGAGCACAGUGGUGUUGUUUACAAAGCUUCUUUACUUUCUGUUGCCCCCUAGUGUACAUUUCAACUCAAAGCAAAGUCAUACAAAUUGUGUCAAUACUCCCUCUCUCAUUACAGAAAUGUAACCCCAGUCAUCAUUAGUCAUGCGAUAGCAACACGUGUAUGAAGUUGUAAUCAAUAUUUAAAAGACAGAGCUUGUUUGAUCAGCUGCUUCCUCUCAGCGGAGAGCUUCUCAGGAAACUGGAUGUCAAAAGUAAUGAUGAGGUUUCCUCUCUGGGAAGGAUCCUGGGACAGCGGCAUUCCCUCUCCAGUCACCACUUUUUUGUAUGCCGGGCUAAUGUGUUAUGACAAACAAAUCAGAGACAGGAGAAUGAAUGCAGAUGUAGCCCAACACAAAUCCAUCUAGAAAUGUACCUGUUUAAGUGUACCAUUUAUAUAAAGGGCUUGGAUUUCUAA